AUGAAGUUGGCUCCGAUCAUCUUGAUUUCUUGCGUCUUCUUCUCUCUUCUCCCAAACCUCCUUUCACAAGGUGAGCAAAGAAGGCAGUGGUGCCCAACGAAGAAGCAAGUGUUUGGUGGUUCAUGCUCAAACGAAGAUGGAGGACAAGAAUGUUUAAAUGACUUGUUAAGUACAUGGGAUCCAAGUGUAAGGCUCAGCCCAAUCUACUGCGAUUGCCUUCCUCAUCAUAAGCAUAAGCGUAUGCGUAUCUGCAACUGUCCCAAUCUGAUUUGCCCCUAG